GAUAGCACAAGUGAAUGAAACCAGUCUAAACACUUGUGCCCGCUUGUGCAGGUUCGGACGUGACAGAACAUUUGGUCCAGGGUUCCGCCCACAUUCCCACUCUACCAAGCGUCCAUCGGCAAUGUGAGCAGGACCGUAUGCAAAGUGCACGCGCAGAAUAACCUUCCGACAACAUGGCCUCGCCGACAGCCUGGGUCGUGGCUUUGCAGCUCCUCCUGCUCCAGCUGUGUUCACACGUCAGAGCUCAAGCUUUAGUGUAUGAUCUGCUCAACUCGCCCGACUGCCUGCCGGACCUGCUGCAGGGGGGUCUUGUCGAGCAGGGGGCCAACGAAGCUUUCAUCCUGGCCUCCUUCAAGUUGCAACCCAAGACCGGAACCACGGUGUUCGGCCUCUACAACCCCCGGGACAACAGCAAGCACUUUGAGUUCACCGUGAUGGGCAAACUCAACAAAGGCGUGCUGCGCUACCUUCGGACGGACAAGAGGACGAGCUCUGUGACCUUCAACAAUCUGGUGCUGGCAGACGGUCAGGUCCACAAGCUGUUGUUCCACCUGAGGGGUCUCCAGCAGCCCGGCGGUGCGGGUGGAGUCGACAUACAUCUGGACUGCAAGCUAGUGGAGACCAUCCGGGAUCUCCCCGCCGCUUUCCAGGGUUUGCCAGCGGGCUACAGCAUGGUGGAGCUGAAGACCAUGUUGACCAAAGACCAGGAGGGCUUAGACGAGCUCAAGCUGGUGGUUGGAGACACGUUUGAGAAUGUGGCUUCGCUGCAAGACUGUCAUUUCCAGCAACGAGACUCGGUCCAAACCCUUGGGGUCAACACCAAGCAGCUGUCCAAUCAAAUGAUGGAUUUAACCAAGGUGAUAAACGAGCUAAAAGACAUCCUCAUCCAGCAGGUCAAAGAGACCUCCUUCCUCACAAACACCAUCUCUGAGUGCCAGGCCUGUGGUCUGGGUGGAACUGAAGUGGUCAAACCAAAAUGUGGCCCGGGGGUGUGUUUCCGCGACCACAUGUGCCGGGAGACGGCGGAUGGCGUGGAAUGCGGCCCUUGUCCCGACGGAUUCACGGGAGACGGCUUCAACUGCGACGACGUGGACGAGUGUCAGUUUAACCCCUGCUUCCCCGGGGUGAAGUGCGUCAACACGGCGCCCGGCUUCCGUUGCGAGGCCUGUCCUCUGGGCUACACCGGCCUGCCAAUAGAGGGCGUCGGAGUGCUCUUCGCCCAGACAAACAAACAGGUGUGUGACGACAUCGACGAAUGCAAAGGACCAAACAAUGGCGGCUGCGCGCCCAAUUCCGUCUGUCACAAUUCUGCGGGCUCGUAUAACUGCGGCAGCUGUAAGACGGGCUUCACAGGAGACCAGGUGAAAGGCUGCAAGCCCGAGAUCAGCUGUGCUAAUAGCCUGACCAACCCUUGUGACAUCAACGCCCAGUGUGUCGCUGGGAGGGACGGCUCUAUUUCCUGCCAGUGUGGAAUCGGCUGGGCUGGAAACGGAUACUUAUGUGGAAAGGACACCGACAUUGAUGGAUAUCCCGAUGAGAAACUCAAAUGCAAGGACGCUAGUUGUAAAAAGGACAACUGCCUCUUCGUUCCAAACUCCGGCCAAGAGGACGCCGACAGAGACGGCCAAGGAGACGCCUGCGACGACGACGCGGAUGGCGACGGCAUCCCGAACGAGCAGGACAACUGCUGGUUAAGACCCAACUUGGACCAGAGGAACAGCGACAAGGACACGCACGGAGAUGCCUGCGACAACUGCCGCAUGGUGGAGAACCCCGACCAGAGGGACACAGAUGGCGACGGCAAAGGGGACGCCUGCGAUGACGACAUGGACGGAGACGGCUUGAAGAACUUUCUGGACAACUGCCAGCUCGUCCAGAACCGAGACCAGUUGGACCGGGAUGGAGACGGUGUGGGAGACGCCUGUGACAGCUGCCCGGACAUCCCCAACCCAAACCAGUCUGAUGUGGACAACGAUCUUGUGGGUGACUCCUGUGACACAAACCAGGACAGCGAUGGAGACGGUCACCAGGACUCCAAGGAUAAUUGCCCCUACGUGAUCAACAGCUCCCAGCUAGACAGCGACAAAGACGGGUUGGGAGACGACUGCGACGACGACGACGACAAUGACGGAAUCCCCGAUUCCAUUCCGCCCGGCCCAGACAACUGCAGACUGGUUCCUAACCCUGACCAGACGGAUGACAACAAUGACGGCGUCGGAGACAUUUGCGAGACCGACUUUGAUCAGGACAAAGUGAUCGACACGAUCGACAAUUGCCCCGAGAACGCUGAAGUCACCUUGACGGACUUCAGGGCCUUCCAGACAGUGGUGCUGGACCCGGAGGGCGAUGCUCAGAUUGACCCCAACUGGGUCGUCCUGAACCAGGGAAUGGAAAUUGUUCAGACCAUGAACAGUGAUCCAGGUCUCGCUGUGGGCUACACGGCGUUCAGCGGCGUCGACUUUGAGGGGACGUUCCACGUAAACACGGUGACGGACGACGACUACGCCGGCUUCAUCUUCGGCUACCAGGACUCGUCAUCCUUCUACGUGGUGAUGUGGAAGCAGACGGAGCAGACGUACUGGCAGGCCACGCCCUUCAGGGCAGUGGCCGAGCCCGGAAUCCAACUCAAGGCCGUCAAAUCAAGAUCGGGCCCCGGGGAACAUUUGAGGAACUCUCUGUGGCACACCGGAGACACACAAGACCAGGUGCGCCUCCUGUGGAAGGACCCCCGCAACGUUGGCUGGAAGGACAAGGUGUCUUAUCGCUGGUAUCUGCAGCACCGCCCGCAGGUUGGAUACAUCAGGGCUCGCUUCUAUGAGGGAUCUGAGCUGGUGGCUGACUCCGGCGUGACCAUCGACACGACCAUGAGGGGAGGACGACUUGGCGUCUUCUGCUUCUCCCAAGAAAAUAUCAUCUGGUCCAAUUUGAGAUACCGCUGCAAUGACACCAUCCCCGAGGACUUUCAAGAGUUCCGCGCUCAGCAUGUUGACUCCCUCUAGAAGUCACCGUGAAGAAACAUGACUCUUUCAUGCGUGUGUGUGUGUGUGUGUGUGUGUGUGUGUGUGUGUGUGUGUGUGUGUGUGUGUGUGUGUGUGUGUGUGUGUGUGUGUGUGUGUGUGUGUGUGUGUGUGUGUGUGUGUGUGUGUGUGUGUGUGUGUGUGUGUGUGUGUGUGUGUGUUCUGGCAAUGCUUACUUAAUGGGGACAUCGCUCUGUUUACACAGUCACCUUUAGGGGACCUCUGACGGUAUGGGGACAAAAAAAACAGGUCCCCUAAAGGGAAACCUUUUUAAAUGAUAGUCAGAUCCAUUCUGAAGAUGCCUAAGUGAUUUUUAAGCUUUGUCCCAGUAAAACAUGUUUACUGGUUAGUUUGAGUGUGAGACAUUUGCACAGCAGUCCUCUCAUCGGGCUGUCGAGAAGCACAUGAAGCGAUUCAUCCCUUCUGGUAUUGUACCAGCAAAGAGUGACUGUUUAAAAUGUUUGAGGGCCGAGCCGGAAGCUCUCCAAAACCGGGAAUGGCAAGCAUUGAAGUUCUAUGUGUACAACCGCAUUACGGCCUACAAAAGGAGAUUGCAGGUAAAAUAGUAGAUUAAGAGAUAAUCAGCAAGACUGGUUAAGUAGAACAGUUUUUGUAUGUUCUUUAUGUUCAAUGUUGUUAAAAAUAAAAAGUAAAAAUAAAAGUUUAAAUGAGUUUGUAUUUUAUUUCUGUGGUUUAAGGUAAGAUAAGAUAAUCCUUUAUUGAUCCCACAACAGGGAAAUUUGGGUUACUUUGUUUAUGUGUUUCAAAUAUUGGUAAAAGAGAAAAUUAAUUUUCUUGAAAAGUGAAACAUUUGUUAUCCUGGCAUUAAUAGUACUGUGAUUCUGUAUGGUAUCCAUCCUUAGUUAAAACUAAUAUAUUUUUCCAAAAACAAAAUCUGGUUUAGUGUUCCUUAGGAUGACAUUUUCAUGCAGCAUGAUUAUAAAACAUUAUUACCUUAAAGUAUGAUUCACAUUCAGAAUUUUCCAUCCUUCUAUAUAUGGUAGUUGGAGUUGCAGCUGCUAAAUAGCAGUUUUCAGUAAUGUCACAGAAGAUGCAGGAUUUGCUUUAACAUUUAAGUGUUGAAACUUCCUAUAAGAGGACAGCUGUAGUGCUGCAUUCUGUGGAUCAUGUCAUAUUUAAUUUGAACUAGAGAUGUCCGAUAAUAUUGGCCGAUAAAUGCUUUAAAAUGCAAUAUUGGAAAUUAUCGGUAUCAGUUUUUUUGGGUUUUUUUUUUUUAUUAAAUCAACAUAAAAAACACAAGAUACACUUACAAUUAGUGCACCAACCCAAAAAACCUCCCUCCCCCAUUUACACUCAUUCACACAAAAGGGUUGUUUCUUUCUGUUAUUAAUAUUCUGGUUCCUACAUUAUAUAUCAAUAUAUAUCAAUACAGUCUGCAAGGAAUACAGUCCGUAAGCACACAUGAUUGUGCGUGCUGCUGGUCCACUAAUAGAACUAACCUUUAACAGUUAAUUUUACUCAUUUUCAUUAAUUACUAGUUUCUAUGUGACUGUUUUUAUGUUGUUUUACUUUCUUUUUUAUUCAAGAAAAUGUUUAUAAUUUAUUUACCUUAUUUUAUGAUUUUUUUUAAAAAGGACCUUAUCUUCACCAUACCUGGUUGUCCAAAUUAGGCAUAAAAUGUGUUAAUUCCACGACUGUAUAUAUCGGUAUCGGUUGAUAUCGGUAUCGGUAAUUAAGAGUUGGACAAUAUCGGAAUAUCGGAAUAUCGGAUAUCGGCAAAAAGCCAUUAUCGGACAUCCAUAAUUUGAACUGUUCUUUUUGUUAAAUGGUCCACAGUAGUCACGUACAAAUUUGUGUGAAAUAUGCAAAAUUAUUUAAAUUUGGUCCCCAAGAAUGAUCAGCGCAUUACAUCAUCAAUCCAGAGAUUUAAAGACGUGUAUGAGCUAACUGGGCAGUGGCCAUUUUACCAAAAAAAUGUUAUGCCUCCACAACCUGUAGAAAGGGUGGUCCCCACAAGUGAUGAUCAAAAACUUGGUCCCCAUUCCAAAUGAUAACCAGUAAGUGUGUGUGUGUGUGUGUGUGUGUGUGUGUGUGUGUGUGUGUGUGUGUGUGUGUGUGUGUGUGUGUGUGUGUGUGUGUGUGUGUGUGUGUGUGUGUGUGUGUGUGUGUGUGUGUGUGUGUGUGUGUGUGUGUGUGUGUGUGUCAAAGAGAAAGAGAGAGAGUGGGUGACAGUUUGUUUUGUGUGGUUUUUUUACCGUGUACAUUUUGUGUGCAUUAAUGACCACUUGUUCUUGUACUGUAUGUGAAUAAGGCGUCACGUCAGCUUGCCCAACUUCCUGUUUUGAUCACACGAUGUCACGCACAAUCGUAAACGUACACACAUGUGGACACAACAGAAAAUAUUGUUGUUAAUUGUGUGGGAUUUGUACGCUAUUAGUACCAUUCCAUGAUCUAUUUGAUAAUAAACACUAUA